AUGACAACACCAGACUCACCUUUAAUGAAAGAAAGGUCAGAAAACCCUCCACAGUUCAGUCGCUCAAAGCUCGGCAAAGAACGUUAUGGUGGUAGCGUUUCCUAUUCGAUUGCUCAACACCCCACUGCAUUUAGGUGUCUCAUAGGUACAAUCCUAAUAAUAGCUAUUUCAGUCUGUGUGAUCGUGUACAAUUCCGAUUCCAGCACUUCAGGAGAUGCAGCAGUCUUUUGCUUAUUUCUAAUAUUAAUGUGCAUCAUAGCAAUCUUUAUUAUCAUGGCGAUUAUGUGUAGCCCUGUCACAAGUGAGAUCCUAAAGAACCCUGAUGAUGCCCUCUUUUUCUUGAAGUUAAUUGCAACAGGCCAUUCGUGGGACGAAGUGGGUCGAAUUAUGAACUCCUAUCUCUUUGAGAGAGGGAUUUGGUGGACAAACAGCUACUUUUACGACAGUGAACAGUGCUACAACCUUUUUGUAAGCUAUUCCAAAGAUUGUGCUGACCCUGCUAUAGAGCCGUUUAUCGACCAAGCUAAAAGCAAGCUGACCGAAAGUCUGACCCAAGAGUGGGAUAGGAUUGGGCUUUCGGAUGAAUAG